GCCAGGCCGCGCUGUGUGUGUACGGGAUUAUUCAACGGCACGGUACGGUGGAAACUGUCCUCAGAAUUUUGGCAAAUGGCAACCCAGGGAAGCGGCAUUCUAGUCUAGUCUGUGAUCUGAAACUAUACCUCUUUCGUUUCAUUGGUUUUUUUUUGGCAGUUGUUUUGCCCUAUGAGCAAGCACUGAUUGUGAGAAAUCGACGGUGACUGUUUGCUGAAAUAAAACGAAGCUAAGAUGGCCGCGGAGUGUUCAGACGUCCAGGGUUCCAUCUACCAUCUGACUGGCUACGAUAGGAUGCAGCUGCCCGCAAUCCUUGAUGCCGUGAAGAAACUGCCGUGUAUGCAAGAUCUCCCUUGUGAUGGAGAUAAAGUAUUUGUUUGCGGACGGCCAGGGCAGUGCAAUGCUGCUAUGACAGUUAAAUCCCCAAUCCAGGUUCUCGUGGAAUUUUAUCGUCGCCUGAAGCCGAGCGGCCCAGGCUGCAAGACGAUUCUCUCGUCAGAGUCCCAGUUGGUGGUCGUUCAGCUCUGUCUGGCGGAAUUCAGCAAACAGAAAUACGACAUUUACGACACUGAUGCCAGCGAGGUGUUUCGCAUGACCAGAGAACUCAACGAACACAAACUCUCCCAACUUGAUGCAGACUCCUCAACAGCAGAAUGCCAAAACUCGCCGGAUGAAAUCUCCUUGACUCUGUCCCAUUACCAGUCAGUGAGACAACUGUACCAAGCUUUCCUGUCAAGCUGCAAUAUGCUGGACGUAGCAGAUGUCUGUCGGCAAGUCAAGAGUUUGCUGGAGAAGGAUGACGAUGUUGCCAAGUCGUUUAGGACCAAGACGAAGUUGAUAGUUCUGCAAUGGCCAACUGAACCUCUGGAGAGGAAAAUCUUGGAACUGCUGAUUGGCCAAACGUCUGUGACUGAAAUCCAAGUGGAAAUGCUGGAGUCUGCGUCGACAGAGGACAGCAGCAAUGGCGAAUUCAGACUUCAUGUUAGCAAGAGAAAUUGGGAGACCGUGCAAGACUUCAGCAGAGACCAGUCGUUUCCCGUGUCAACACCAAAAACUCCACGAUCCCCUGUUUCAUCCACCGAAAUUCUGGUGCAUCAUGUCUUCCUUUCGUUCCUGGGUCUUCUGGUCAACUCUCGAGAUGAGAUCAGCUUAGCUAGAUGCCUCAGCUACUCACCCUCAGGCCUCGACCAUAAAGGGUUCACUGCCUUGAAGAAUGCUGCCAAGUCGAAAAAUAUGUCCAUGUAUCAAACGGCCGUGUCCUACAUCACCCGGUUGAGGCUCGGUGGGAGAAGCUACGCCCCAAAUUCUGAGAUGUCGGCCCUGGCGGAUCACGUCAAGAGCCUUGGUGAAUUUGUGACAAAUGUCCAGAAACUGCAGGUGCUGGUCGAGGAGGUUCCGGACACGAGAGAAUCGAUUGCAAAGGUGCUGCUUUCCAUCAAGAACACCCUGUGCAAGUGUCGGGGUGCUGUCUUCAAGCAGGAAGCUGUGGACAAAGUCUGCCAGAAGCUGAGAGGUAAAUGUGACGUCCUGCUGACGGCUUUCGACGGAAAGAACGGAGCGAGCCCUCCCAAGGCCGUUAACCAAGGAGGGAGUGUCUUAGGCCGACGGACCCUCAAAGUGAUCCUCGCAUUUCUUGAUCGGGAAGCAACAAUCCCCGCUCACCAUCAUGCUGUCAACCUGCUCAGUGAUUGCACCCUGACGCAGACUACACCAGUCCGAAUGCCGUCAUUACUGGCUCAAUUCAGAUCCCCUGAAGUAGACAACCCCAAAUCGCCUGAAAACCAGGCGCUAAGAGACAGACUUAUUGAACCAAAGGAGGAGGUGAAAGGACCCAAGAUGUUUGGUUACAAGUCAGAUAUGGCGUGGGCGGAGCCAGAGCACAGGAACCCCCUCCAGGAACGAAAUCAGAACAUUGAACAAAACGUUCCGAGCAAGACUACCAGCCAGCGGAUCAAACUGUGGGCCGAGACGCCGCCGGAGAAACACCACCAGGCGAGAGUCUUCACUCACGAGUUUGAGUCUCCACUAGCGAGCCCGCCCAGUCGACCAACAACCGGGCGGGGCACUGUUGACCACACCCCCAAGCGACCCAAAGGGCGUGUCGCCAACAGGACAGAAGCUGCAUUGGACAAGGAAAAUCUACCAGUCACGCACGGGCAAGGGGGUAAGGCAAAAGGGGCGGGGAUUUCAAAAAAAGGGGCAGAGGUCAAGAGACGGGUCAAGCGAGUUCUGAUGGAGGACUCGGGGAGCGGUCAGCCGAGUAAAAAAGCCAAGAAGGGCGUGGCUGGGGCUCAAAAGAAAAAACAGAUGACGCUUGUUAAAGGGCAAAAGACACUUAAUCAAUUCUUCAGAUUGUGAUCAAACCAUCCUUAACUAAAAAUAAAAUUGAUGUUAACAAUGGUUGGGGGCCUUAUAUAACUCUGCAUAUUCAAAACUAAAUCUGUGACUGUCGCCAAGAAGAUUUCAAUUCAAAAAUGUUGGUUUUCACAAUUUUUGCACAUUUGGCAGAGCUAUUGAGCGACAGCUUCACAACUGUAAAACAGAAUUCAUCUUGCUUGCAAAAAUUCUACGGCUCCUCACAAAAACAGUUUACCUGAAAACUAUAGUGUCACAUUAUAUAUUGUUUCUAUAUGAAUGUCGAAGUUCUGACUGAAAGUCUCGACACUAGCUGAUUUUUAACAAUUUUAAGGAUAUGGAUUUAAUUUAUUUUCAUCAAAAGAUGAAAUAGGGUAAUCAGUACUUUUUAAGUAAUUUUACUACCUCAAUUUUCAUGUCAUAAAAUGUCCAGUGUUUUUUUUUUAACCUAAAAUUUGUAAAUUUUUCUUUGUUUGUAUGCGUAUUUGUAAAAUUGUGACAUUUGUCCAUUUUGUAAGUUGUAACUUAUUAAAUAAUCUGCUUACAGCAUUUUUGUAAUUUUUCACAUUUUAUUGUACAAAAACAUGGUCAACUAUUAAAACCAGUAAAUUGUUCAGAGAAA